AUGGGGAUAGCUGCGUUUUGUUUAAAAUUAAUUGUAUUCGUACAUUUGCACUAUGCAUUUUCUUCCGUCUAUAGAAAUUGUGGCGGAAUUCUUCGUUCAGAAAAAGGAAUUAUACAAUCUCCGAAUUUCCCAAAAGAAUUUCCUACGCCUAUCCGUUGUGAAUGGGUGAUCCAUAACCAAAAGACACCCGUAACGUUGAUUCACUUCACUCAGUUUUAUUUAACAAAUUAUUUCACCGUUCAGUUCUUUCAGGAAUACACGAAUUCUGAAAACUACCGGAAUGAAUCCAAAAUGGAGAUAAUGAACGCUUAUCACGACGUUUAUUCUCUGGAAAUACGGGCACCGUUUGUCGUCCUGCGAUUCGGGGUGUAUCAAAUGGGAGACAUUAAUAUCCGAGUUCUUGAGCACAUGAUUGAUGUGUAUGGUUUUAACAUAACAUAUGAAUUCGUAGAAAAGGGUGCAUCUUCAGAAAAAGUCACAUGUACUGCUUACCAUUGCUCCUAUCUUGGUAGUUGCUUGGCCUCUGCCGAUUUUUCGGAAUACAGAUGUCAUUGUGCAGAGAAUUUCUUUGGUGAGUUCUGUCAAUAUGGACCGGACUGUAACCCCUUGACGAAAACCAAUCGCUGCCAAAAUGGAGGAAUAUGCAGCUACUUGAAUGGGUCCUUAAAUUAUGUGUGUGAAUGUCCAUACGGAUAUACUGGGGAAUGGUGUGAAGUCAAACAAGAUGAAUGCUACUUCCUAGCAUGUGAUCAAAUUUGUGUGGAAAUACUUCCAGGGAAAAUGGGUUGUGGCUGUCAGGACGGAUAUCGCCUGAACACUGAUGGACAAACGUGUUCAGUUGAAGAAUUGCAAAUCGUUGACAUGGUAACAGGGAAUGGUGGAGGAGGGUAUGAAGCUUACACAAAUGAAAAUCAGUUUCUAACAAUAUCAUGCAUUGUAAAGGGAGAUAAUUCCACCAGAUUCAGAUGGUACAAGGAUGGCAUGCUAGUAGACUUUUCAAUCUCUCCUCGUAGUGCCUACCAUAGAGUGUUUAUGUCCAGUACAGAAGGAAUUAUACGUUCGGUGUUAUAUUUUGCUCAAGUAAAAAAAUAUGACGAAGGAUACUUCACUUGUGUAGCUGCUGCUGAUACAACAGAAAAACGUCGUUCUACAUACGUAGCUGUUCAGUCGACUCCUCUGAUCUAUGUACCAAAAACAGAGCUAGUAAAAUCACCUAAUGCCUCAGUUCGAAUUCCAUGCUUUUCCAUCAACGAGCCAUACAACUCAUUUCUAUACAAAUGGUUUGAGAAUGGAGUUCCAAUAAAAUGGCAUACACCUAACCGCAUACCAGAAACGCUGUUACCAGCUGGGAGUCAGCUGGUUGCUAAAGGAAUUACGAAAAACACAAAAUUUACAUGCCAGGUGACGAACCGAGUAGGAGAGAGAAAUGUAACAAUACAUGUCUUUAUCGCCAAAGACAUACAUCUCGUUUGUCCAUCAGAAAUUUACAUAGAUAUUCUGUGGCCGGAAACUGAGAAAGAUCAUUUUACAAAACAGAGCUGUCCUCCCAAAUUCGGUGGUUUUGCAGAACGCUCCUGUAUUUAUGACAAUAGCAGUAAAAUAUGUAGAUGGACGGAACCAAAUCUCCUUAAUUGCCAAUCCAAUGAAUUGAUUCAAAUUUAUGACAAGGUGGAAGUACUACGUCAAGGAUAUCGUUCGACAACGAUCACGAAGAUUCUAAAAGAACUACACCUCUUUGCUCAAAUUCAGAAUGCGACAAUAAAUGUCGGUGAUGCCGAGCUUCUAACAAGUGUUUUACGUCGGAUUUUGGAGUAUAUGUGGGCUUUUCCAAAAGUAGCCACAACUGAUGAAAGAAUUUCAUUCGAAGAUAUCAUCAAUAUAAUGGAUCGUCUACUGACGGUAACGAAGGAUUUGUCAUCGAAUAUAAAAAAGAGAUUGACCCUUGGAAUAAAUAUUUUAAAUAUUUCUGCUUUUUUCGCCCGAAAAUUCUUUAAACAAUUGUUCCAUGUGGAGAUUGGGGAUGGAAUCAUAACAGAAAAUAUUGACUUUCAGGAACUUGGAAGCCAAAGAAGCAAGUCUAUCGUAUCAAACAAAGGUGUGACUUUGACGUCAUUUAGAUUCCGAAAUCUAGAAAGUCACCUGUCUGCACAAUCUUCCUUAAAAAUUCCAGGCAUGAGUUUUAUAUCUGAUAUUGAAGCUGUGUACACUGAACAAAGCUUAUCAUCAGCAUUAUACCAGCGUUUGGAUAUUGUUUCAGCAAAUAUAUCAAUGAAUAUUGGAAAACAGAGUGAUAUAAAGGAAUAUGCUUGUUUUUCAUGGGAAAGAAAUAAAAGGCAGCCUCAAAAAUAUUCGUGGAGAAAUAAUAGCUGCUCAAUAGUUUCUAUUGCGACAGAAGCUGUCACGUGUCAAUGCGAUCUUCCAGUACUAUUAACCAUAGCUGGACUUGUACCUAAUACGACAAUACCUUUCGACAAAUCGUCGAGUCAGACAUCAUUGGUUGUUAUUUUGAGUCACGUGAUCUCAAUAUUUGGAUUACUUGUCUGCAUUUUCAUCUUCGCAAGAAAUUGGAGAUACUUAAUUGGUGAACAUUAUGUCUUUUACCUGAGUUUCAACAUUGUCUUGUUCCUGAACAAUAUUGUUUUCCUAAUGUGCCACGUGGGCAUGGAAAAUAAGAUUCUUUGGUUAAUUGGUGAAAUUGCAGCUUAUUUCUUUUACAUAUCAGCAUUUUCAUUUGUAUUGUUGGAAAUAUUCCACUUUUUCAUCUUGACAUCAACUUCAAAAGAAUAUAAAGCCGAGAAAAGAUGUUCUAGAUUCAUAAUCAUUGGCUUGGGAAUCCCAAUGAUUUUGACCGUUUUCUUCUCAACUACUUCGACUGUUUUUCCCAAGUUUCCAUCUGAUGAAAAAUUAAUGAUUUGUUGGAUCUCAAAAUCAGCCUGGCAGUUUUAUGUCUUUAUGCUACCAGUGACAUUUAUAAUUAUGGCUUUCCUUGUUUUCACUGCCGUAGUAUGGAGAAUCCGUGUUAAACUAACAGAAGAAAGCGAAGUUCUGUUCAAGAGACGAUUGAGAUUUAUUUUCUUGAAGUCCUUGAUAUUGAUGUCACUAACUCUGACAGAGGCAGUACUAGGAAUGGACUUGGCCAAUGAUAAUUUGUCUCAGAUUGCUCUCUACUUCACAUCCAAGAUUUGUCUGAGUAUUCGGCAGAAGAAGUGGUUUAAAGGUCUUUUCUUAUCUGAGGAUAAAAAGUAUCGAUCCGAAAUGGAAGCAAGGAGAUACUACGACGAAGUGAACAGAGCGAAGUACACGAGAGAAAAGAAAAAGGAGUUAUCUUUUCUGUUAGGAAGUUCCAAUUCCAAUUCCAGAUGUGAAAAAAGACAAAAUGGCGCGGACAAUAACGGUACCGGAAGUAGUAGAACGACAGAUACAUCCAUGGACACUAACAUUACUGAUGUAAACUCCGAUAGAGAAGAUAAUAACGAAAGCAAAGAAAAUACAAGAAAUAAUGUUGAGGCUCAAAAUAGGGAAUUAACAAUAGAGGGUGUCUUUUCUAGUCAUAAAUUACCAAUGGAGAGCGCAUCCAAAAAAGCAGAGGAGAGGACUUUGAACUCAGACCUUACUAUAUUGGAAACGGUAGAAGUCACAGCUUUAAUACAUUACAUUGACAAAAAUGUUGAUGUGAUUUAA